UCGUAAUUUUCCCUUUGGAAGAAUCGGACAUUCGAACUAAUUAGAAAAUUCUUGUGUUGAUUUGAGAAAAAGUACGAAAAGAGUUGAAAAAUUAACUAUUGUUAGUCAAAAUUUCUCAAAGCUAAAUAAGUAAAAAUUUUAUUAUUAAUUGGAAAGUGACCACAUCUUAUUACUACUCCAAACGCUCCUAAGCAUUGGUCCUUCAAAUCAGAUUUAAGUAUUUAUCCAAAGGUAUGGCCGCUAAAAUUGUGAAUCAAGUGGAACGCGUCUCCGAGAAAAAAUGCAAGAAUUCCGAUUAUGGGAACACCUUCCUUAACGGUUUAACCAAAAUGCGUAUGAAUCAAAAGUUCCUUGAUUUUUCUUUGGAUAUAGACGGUGAACUAAUCCACGUGCACAAACUUACACUCGCGAUUGCUUCUGAUUACUUCGCCGCGAUGUUUGAAGCUGAUAUGAAGGAGAGGAAGGAAGGGACUGUCAAGUUACAGGAUGUGGAUGUAGAUGCCGUUAAGGCACUGGUUGAGUAUAUCUACAGCGGGAUCAUCACGCUUACAGAAGCUAACGUCGAAGCGGUAUUGUGUGCAUCUGACUUAUUUCAGAUCGCUUGGGUGAAAGAGGAAUGUAUCCAAUUUCUCAAAAACAGCCUAAACCAAAAAAAUUGUUUUCGAGUGCGAAAACUUGCUGAAAUGCAUUCUUGCAAAGAACUGCAGAACAUCAGCCAAAAAUAUAUUUUAGAUCAUCUUGAUGACCUAAUUGCCGAAGAAGAUCUGCUAUUAUUGUCUUUUGAAGAGAUCAAGGAAUUGAUAAAGGACAUGCAACACUUAGUCAAACCUGAAGAUAUUGCUUAUAAGGCCGCAAUAAAUUGGGUCAAGCACGACCUAGAGAAGAGAAAAGUUCAUCUCGCUGAGUUUAUGAGUCAGAUAUGUUUACCUCUUGUCGGCACAGAGUUCUUGACAAACCACAUUGUUGCUGAACCUCUGCUUAUAGAAAAUCAAAACUGCUAUAAAUUCGUAAUGGAAGCCUUAACUUAUCAAUUAACAAAAGCAAGUGAACGAAACGAGAGGCGACAGACAGAUUUCGAACAACGCAACGAAAACUUUUAUGUAUUUCUCGGCGGCGGCACACGGGACCUUAUCGGAGGCAUAAAAGAAUGCAAAGUCUACGAUAUUUCCAAAAAGAAACUGGUUUCUAUCUCAAGUAUGAAUGAGGGUAGAUGCGAUAAUUCUGCCGUGUUUUUAAACGGCAAAGUUUUUUCAAUGGGUGGAUUUAAUAGGGGUGCUUUAAAGACGGCAGAAUGUUAUGAUCCUGCCAGUAAGCGAUGGAGUUACAUUGCACCAAUGAAUAAUACUCGACAUGGUUUUGGCAUUUGCACGUACAAUCAUCUAAUUUAUGUUGUUGGUGGAUAUCAAACAUCCACAGUAGAGAGCUAUGAUCCUGCAACUAACAAAUGGCACUUGUGUCAGAAUAUUCCUGUAACAACCAAUAGCCAUAAUCGGGCAACAGUGGCAGAAAAUAAUAUUUACAGUUUGACUCAAGGAUCUAAGGACAAUAAUGCACUUCUUCGUUUUGAUCCGAGAGAUGGAAAGUGGUUUAAUUUAAAUGAGAUGCCACGAACAUCUGAUCUAUUCGGACUCGUCUCAUAUGAUCGAACAUUGUUUGCGAUUGGAAACGUUGAUUGCAAACGGCUCGACGUACGAGUGAAUAGAUGGGAACCGAUGCCUCGCGUAUUGGUAAACAAGUAUGAGUUUUCGACCGUAAUAGCCGCAAAAGACAUUUACUUAUUCGGCGAUAGAAGUAUAGAACGCUUUAAUAUCCAUAGUAAUGAGUGGGUAAUGCACCAAAUGUUAGCAAAUGAACACCAUAUGGGAGGAGCUGCAAUUCUUAGCAGAAAUUUCAAUUUUAAUUAAGUAGUGGAAGGCAAACAUUAUACGGAAUAAAUAUUAGUUUCUUCACGCUCUUUCAAAUCUUUUGUGUAUGUUUAAUGUUCGGUUAAGGAAAAUCACAAAUUUUAAUAUUUAAAGAAAUGUUUAGUUCGUUUACAUUUAUGGACA